AUGGAUCUCUGGUCGAUUAAUCUGAAGAGCGGCGGCGGUGUUGGGGUGGCGGCCAGGGGAUCGGCUUGGGGGUCGAGGAGGAGGGCAGUGGUGGAGCGGCGAAGCGCUUGCUGGGGGACUCUCAGCGCGGGUGACGAGGAGGGAAGAAUAUGGGGAGGUGUGCUGCGUAUAGUGAGCCCGGCGUCGAGUAGGAGGGAUGGGAAGUCCCUUUGGUACCGUUCUGGGGAUGUGUCGGCGAAUGGUAAGAAGAGUAGUGGGCGCGAAAAUUCUCCCGGUAUGGUUCUGGUUCCCCUCGCAACCCCCCCCCCCCCUCUCCCCCUUUCUCUCAGUGGCAAAUUGCAAACAGUUGUUUUCCUUUCUGUUCACGUUUUCCGAAGCUAGUCCGCUUUUCACGUGACUUUCUUUCUCUGGCCUCGCUCACAUUUCUUGUCAUGUUUCUCUUAUAAUUCAGCUCAAGUGGGCUGCUUUCCGUUUGCGUAAAAUUAAUGAGUCUCGGGUGCAACAUGUUUGGUUUUUGGAGGUUUUGGUUACCACCAUGGAUAGAUGAGGACUACUAGAGUGAAAUUUUUGAAGAUUUUCAGUCGAAAAUUAAACACUCAUGGAUGAUAUUUUUGGAAGUCAAUAUUUUAUCACGUUAAAUUUCCCUUCUUUUUUUUUUACUGGAGUAUCCAUCAAUUAGUCGUAAAUUAUAUGUUAUAAUUCUUUGUCGUUGGUUCAAGAUUAUCCUCGAAUUACUUCUUUCCUUUGCAAAGUUUACUUUCCGGGACUUGUCAGCUCCUAGUUCUCCUACGACUAAUUUUUUUUUUGCUACUUUUACUGAAUUAUGCGCCAAACCUGUCUCUUCAAAAACUUUUUUGAAUUUUUUUAGAUAUUUGCAUGGGAGCAUCCAUCUCUUUAAUUGCCAAAAAAGUCUUCAUAUUUCGAACCAAAAAAAUUUCAUGCAUGCUGCUGUAUUUGAUUUUUCCCUUCACUUUAUUUUACGAAUCGUAUGAUUGUUCAAGUCAUUCCAUUAUGAUAUUCACUCGGGUAUAUCAGAAUCAAAUCGAUCCCAGCUUAUCAAUUCCUUCCGAUGUGCAGGUGGUGGUGAUCCAUCUACUCCUGACGAAGGUUCUGAGGGUAGAAUCAAACCGGAUGAUACUUUGGUCCAAAAGUCCCAUUACCUGAACUUGGACUGGCGAACAUUCAGGGCAAGUCUUGUCGCCCAGGAGAAAGUAAGUUACGUUAAUACGGAUUAUCCUUAAACAUGGUCUCUAAUUGAAUAAAGUUACACUGAAACUUGUUUUUUUCACAUUGGAAGUCUCCUUGUUGUUGUUUCCUUGGACCAGUCUUUUUGAGGCCCUUUCCCAAAUUCUUUUUAGGUCUCAGGCAUCUAUUAUAUCCAAAGAAGCUCGAUUAUUAUUAAUUUCCUCGUUCGUUUAAGCAAUCUCUCUGUUUUGUCAUCAUGGUUGUGAUGGUUUGAAAUUAACCCAUGUUUUCUCCCUCAAAGGCUGAAAUAUGUUAUUUAAUAAUGAAGGCGAUGCUUCAAAGAUAUGGACAUUGAUGUUAAGUUUUAGCUCUAAUGUUCCCAAAAUAUAUCCUUUUCAGGGACAUAGAGGAGAUUCCAAUGUGUCAUCCAAGGACGUUGUCUCUCAGAACCCAUCAGGCAAACUUGGCUCAAAAUGGGCUCAUCCAAUCCCUGUACCAGAGACUGGAUGCAUCCUAAUUGCCACAGACAAGCUUGAUGGAGUGCGCACCUUUGAAAGAACUGUCAUUCUGCUACUCAGGACUGGAACCAGGGAUCCAAGAGAAGGCCCCUUUGGUGUCAUCCUCAACCGUCCACUUCACAAGAGGAUCAAGCAUAUGAAGCCCACCAACCCCGACCUAGCGACCACAUUUGCUGAUUGCCCCCUCCAUUUUGGUGGGCCACUUGACGCCAGCAUGUUCUUAUUAAAGGCAGGGGAGAGUUCUCCAGCUUCAAACUUCGAACAGGUGGUCCCUGGCAUCUGCUUUGGCACUCGGAACAGCCUAGAUGAGGCUGCAGGGCUUGUCAAGAGAGGAAUAUUCCAACCGCAGGAUUUCCGAUUCUUUGUUGGCUACGCAGGCUGGCAGGUGGAUCAGUUGAGAGAGGAAAUUGAAUCCGAUUAUUGGAUUGUUGCCGCUUGCAGCUCUGAUCUAAUUGGCACUGGGAUGAUAGACUCCGGAUCGGGUCUAUGGGAGGAAACAUUGCUGCUGAUGGGAGGUCAGUAUUCAGAUUUGAGCAGGAAAGCAAAGGAAAACGAUGACAUGCCAUAG